AUGGCGAGGAGGAGAUGCUCGGAAACGCUACCUGUUUCCAGAUUCGGCGGGGAUGAGGUGCUCGGAGGUCGUGAAGAUGAAUGGCGGAGGAGUGAUGAAGUGGGCUUUAUUCAUCCAAUGCAGUUUACUGCAUUCGCUGCACUCACCGAAGAGGAGGCCAACAGUUCUCCGUCCUCGUCUUCUGGAACUAAGCCUCAACCAGAUGAUGGUAGUUCCGAUAUUUUUUGGCAUCACGGACAUAAGCUUGGCAUCUGCACCUUUGUUCUUGUUCCUCUCUAUCGUGCGGCUAGAGAUGCAUUUAUGGAUGCUUAUAAUAGAUACGUGAUCUCAUGCGACUCUCGAGAAAAAACAGGUGAUGAACUAGAUGGAAAUGCAUUGUUCCUGGACAUUAUGGAAAAAGAAGUUAUGAAGCAUAGCAAGACACUUCUUCUAUUGAGCUGUGAUUUUGGCACUGCUUGGAAUUCCAGGAAGGUUAUUGUGUCGAAGAAGCAACUACUUCCGAUGUUUAUAGAUGAACUACUCUUAUCAGCUUUAAUUCUAUCCUUUUCACCAAAAAGCGAACGUGCCUGGAGCCACAGGAGGUGGGUGAUCAAGAUGAUAGCUGCAAAAUGUGCAAAUCUACAAGAGAUUUUGGGAAGAGAAUCAGAGUUAGUGAAAACUCUCGCUGAGAAAUCUAAAAUGAAUUAUCGUGCUUGGAAUCACCGAUGUUGGAUGGUUUCCUACAUGUCAAAUUCACAGGUGCUACUUGAGUUGAAGGCUUCCAGAGAUUGGGCUGAGCUUCACGUUGCUGAUAACUCUUGCUUUCAUUACCGAGCCCGCUUAUUACUCCAGAUGGUAGAGAAUUUACAGCUGCAUAAAGAUGGCUUGUCGGGGGCAGAAUUUCAUAAAACAUGGAAGAAUGAGCUCGACUGGAUUGGCAUGUUGAUAAGCCGUUAUCUUGGAAGAGAGGCAUUAUGGCUCCACCGUCGCUUUCUUUCUCUAGUCUGGGUGAAACAACAUAUAGUGUCCGAUGACGAUAAUCAAAGAAAUAUUUACUCCGAUUCUCGCUGCAAAAGUUGCGACAUUAGUGUGUUCAUUAAAGAUGAAUUGAUGCUACUGGAUUCGUGCAUAAACUUCCGUGAUGAAGAAGAUUAUUUUGGGGAUUAUCGAGCACAGGCGAUCCAUGCUGCCACCUACAUAAUGUGGCUUGCGAAGCAAAUUCCCAUGUGUUUUGGUGCUGAGAUUCGAGGAAGUUCCAAGUACGAGGAUUGUCUCAAACGUUUGCUGGACGAUGCUGGAAAGAGCUGCCUUUCAGAAUCUGUCUACGGACCGCAAGUUUCAUGA